AUGUCGGCCUUUGCUUCUUGGUUAUUGAAUCGAGGCUCGUCGUCAUCCUCGUCUGAUGGAUCAUUAUCGGAUCAGCAAGAACAAAUUUCAACGAGUCAUUCCAAUGUGGGAUUAGAAAAUUCUUCUUCUUUGGCAUCAACACAUUUGGCGAGUCAUACAACCAAUCAUCAUUCUCCAUCUCAUCAUCAUCACCAUCAUCAUCAUCAUAUUCAUUUUGAGCACAAGAACAGACAUCAGGAUGAAGAAGAGGAAGGUUUGAUGCACAAGUUUGAUGAAGAAAUUAAGAGUAGAACUUGUUUUACAAGAAUGUAUGGACAAGAGGACACUGAAUUGUUCAUGAUUAGCACCAAUAUGCAACAACAUCCACUUUGCAACAAGAGUCUUGUAGAUAACACGGCAAGUUUCGAACAUGGAUCUGCUCCAAAUCAUGACAGCCCAACAUCAACAACAAACAAGAGAAAGUAUCAAUUCUACAGAACUUGUGCCAUGGAUUAUGACGAAGUCUCUCACACAUCUGCUGCCUUAUAUGGCGAUGAGGUGUGUUACUUUCCCUCCGAUUAUGGUGCCAGCCUGAGAAAGUUAUUGUGUUGUAGAAUUGUACCAAACAAGUCGUCGAGUGACGUCACUGCUGAUUCAGGAACUUUGAACGAAGAGAAGCAUGUUCUAUCCAAUAUAAGCGAUAAAGCUGCUGAUCAUGCACAGUUCCCACAAUACAAUGGAAUUAAGGCCACUCUUGGUAAAAUUGCGUAUAGUGCUGCAAACGACGUGUUUAAUGAGAAUACUCUCCUAUUUAGGAGUGUUUGUACAGACCACACAAAGGGGAAAGUGUAUUUAUACGGAGGAAGUACCUACUCAUUUGAGAGAACCCCAACUUGCAAAUUUUUUGUGAUGGACAUGAAAACAAGACAUUUGCAGAAUGUACAUAUUGAGAACAGUGAAGAGUUGCCCCAAGUCGAAGGCCAUUCUCUAGUUUUGAGAAGCAGUAAUUUGCUUUACGUUUUUGGAGGUCUCAUUGCUGGUUCAUUUUGUAACAAACUAUUUGAAAUUGAUCUUGGAAAGAAGACUUGUAGGCAAAUCAUUGCACAAAAUCAUGAUCAGGCAGUUGCAAGAGCGUACCAUGCUGCUCAAUACCUUCCAAAAUUUGAUGUCAUGGUCACAGUUAGUGGAAAACUACGACCAGGUGCUAAUGCUCCAAUGACCAACGAAAUUCUCAUUUAUCAUUUCAAAGAGAAUCGAUUCCAAAUCAUCUCAGAUCCAAUCUCACCAUUGUAUAGUAUACCUGCUGUUCACGUGAUUCACAGCACCAUUGUUAGUGACCAUCAAUUUGCAUUCUAUGGAGGAUGUAAAACCACUAACUAUAACAGGGAUGAGGACUAUGAUCCCAACAUUUUUGUUCUCACUUUUUCUAAAAAGAAACCUAAGCACAGUAGUGAUUUGAUUUGUAAUCUAACGGCCAUUAACUUGGAAUCUCGUCAAAGUUCCUGCUAUACUACCAUUGUUUAUCACAAGAAGUUGAAAUGCUUUGUACUAUACGGCUCUAACGCUUCACAAAGAUCAAACUGCUUGACCUUUGUACAAGUUGAUGUCACUUCGUACCAUGAUCCUCAAGAAUGCUUUUUCAACUUGAAAUCUCUCCUCAGUAGACAUCACCAACAUCCAUUAGUAGAUAUUAGCGUUUAUUGUAGCGUUUAA